CCCAAUGUAUGUACGAUGUGUUCAGGAGUUUUAGAGGCGAGGAUACUCGUAAGACUUUCACUGAUCAGCUUUACAAAGCUUUGGUGGAUGAGGGUUAUCGAACAUUCAGAGAUGGUAAUGAAAUUGAAAGAGGGGAAGAUAUUAAAUCUGAAUUGGAUAAAGCAAUUCAUAGCUCAAAGAGUUCAAUUAUCGUCUUGUCAAAAAAUUAUGCAACGUCUAGUUGGUGCCUUAAUGAGCUUGUCAUGAUUUUUGAAAACAAGAGGAAAAGAGGACAUGCUAUAUUGCCAGUUUUCUACUAUGUAGAUCCGCUCGAUGUUGGAAAGCAAAUGGGGAGAUUUGCUACUGCAUUUUCUAGUUAUGAACAACAAAUAAUGGAACAAUCUGAUUAAGGUAAAGAGGAGUGGAUCGAGAAGAUCAAACGGUGGAGGGCAGCACUCAGGGAAGUGGCU